CACAGAAAUAAUGGAUAAGCUCCAAUUUAUUCCCCCGUCCCUUUCCCGAUCCCCGACGUAUCCCUGACUCCAGGAACCCCCCUCUCUCUCUCUCUCUCCCCUCGAUAAAACCUUACGGACGAAGCAAUAAACCGAUUCCUCACCCCCUCCAAUCAAUUAACAGCAUUCACAGGUCACCAUACGUAUAUACAUACGUACAUGUAUCUUUAUAUGUAUAUAUAGAGAGAGAGAGAGAGAUCGGUGGUUGGCUUUAUAAUCCAGCUGCUGUCGUCGUGUAAUUGCUCUCGCCUGUGGGCUUCGUGGUUUCGAUGCGCGUGUCUCGUGUAGUUGUCCGUUGAUUCCCUAUCACACUUUUCGCGUCGGCAGUUGAAAUCUCAGCCCUCAACGUGUCGGCCCUUUUCUGUUAUGAAGUUCGGUGGAGCUCCUUCUCUCCACUUUCUCUCCCCUCCUUCAUGGAAUUGCCGUAACCUAUUCCCAGUGUUUUGUGGCGGUUUUGGUUUGAAUUCGGGCUUUAAUGGCGAAAGCCAACAAUGGCAAAUACGUAUUCCCUCUAACAGCUUUGCAGAUUGGGGACUUGCAGUCUUAUCUCUCACAUCUUAGCCUUUUCCUAGCCCCUGAAAGUAAGAAGUUCUAUAUCUUGGUGGACAACAGACCAUGGCAUAAGGAACCUGGCCCCCGGUCUGCACACUUGUGGCAAUUGAUGGUCACUAAGUCCAGAUUAUCCCCAUUUGCAAACUCUAAAGCACGUAAGGAGAGGAAGGAAACAGGAAAAUUGCAGACUAGUCCCAAACCUAGCACAAGUAAAUCAAAGAAGUUCAGAAAAUGGUUCUCAGUGGUUGAUGCUGCAACAUUAUCUCGGAAGAGGGCCUUGUUACCUGUAAAGAAGCUGAGGAAUUCUUUAGUUUUAAAUAGCAAGAUGCAUAGGACCUUGUAUGGCUUUAUUGUAUUUGAAGUUGCAUGGUCUGACGUUCGUGGCAUUAAUUAUUUGAAUGAACUUCAGACUGAUACAUCCAUGGCAAUUGAGGCCAAAUUCAUGAAAAGAUGGGAGUUUGAUAGCAUAGUACAAGCUGCGAAAUGCACAUCUUCCUGGUUUUCUGGAAAAACCCAUGAGCAGCUUCUUUUGAAAGAGUAUCUGGACUCUGCCAUAGGAGAAGUGUUCUACGAUGCUCAGGAAAAGUUUUCAAAAGGCGAAAGUUUUGACCAUGAUGAAAAUAUUUGCAGAGAAGAGGCAUGUGUUGUGGAUCAAUCUCCUCGCUCUCUGGAUGGCAUAUGUAAUCUGUAUCCAGCAGACACAGAUACUGGAUCACCAAUGCCACACACACCACCUUUUCGUGAUGGGCCCUACAAGAGAAGGAAAGUUAUGAAGUCCUCUAGUACUGGGUUUAACGUUCAUGUAUAUCCUGAAGAAAAACAUGGUCAGUGUGCUGACUCACCAUCACAUUCUCAGACCUCUUAUUCAAGUGAUUCUGAAGAUGCACUUGAAGCUACCCAUUACAAGGAUGUUUUGAUACUGUUUCGGUUCAAUGAUCAUGACCUUCCAUUUGAGAUAAGGAAAAUUAUAAUGUCUGAUUUGCGGUUGCUUACUUUACUAGAAUCUGGACUUCCAUCUUGGGUUAUUUUCCUCCAGUCGUACCCAGGGUUUUGCCAUCUUUAUCGUCCGUGGAUGUGCCCGCUGGCAAGAACAUUAUAUGUGCUGAUUUCUGUUGUAACUGUACUUAUAGGAUUUUAUGAUUUAUACAAAAAUGUUCCAGUUCUCAAGGCCACUGCAUCUCGUUUGUGUGGUCCUCUUCUAGAUUGGAUAGAAACCUGGGAUAUGGUGUCAAGGAUCAAGUACUUAGGGACAAUGUUAUUCCUACAUAACUUUGAGAAGGCUGUUAAGUGGUUUCUGAUGCUCACACGCACCUUCAAGUCCUUCAUUUCAAUACUAACACAGCCAAUGUCAGGACCAGUUUUUGAGUUCUUGGAUUUGAUCCUUCCGUUUUGGAAUAUGUGCAUAGAAAUAUUGGAGAGCCUCUUUUCAGUCAUUUGGAUUGUGAUGGAAUCUUUGUUCAGUCUAUUGGAGAACCUUGUCGAGAUUGUACUGAUGCCCAUGUGGUUCAUCUUGUCAUCUAUUUGGACCAUUGCAAUGUCGAUUUUUGGGAUGCUUUGGGAGAUCCUCUAUACUCCGAUUCGCCUAGUUGUUGGAUUGAGCAGUUUGUUAACCUUCAUCUUUACUUGCAUUUACGAUUGGCUUCAAAACCUAUGGCUGUUUGUAAGUGGCUUAAUCAAUUUGGCAUCAAAUGCUGAGGCAACAGUGAGUGAGGUUUCCAUGUGGCGUUCUCUUUGGAAUGAUCUUUUCUCCCAGGUUUUUCGUGCUGUAAGGACUAUUUUGAAUGGUGUCGUCGCUUUCUUCGUAGCCUGCAAUAGACACCGCCUCAGUAUUUAUAACCAUGCCCAGGAGUUUAUCGAAAAGCUAUCUCGUCCAACCCAGAGAUUAAGGCAUGCAGGUUCUAGACAGAGACGGCAGACAAGUAGAACCCAAACUUUGGCAAAAACAGGUCCACAUGAAUUGAAGCAUGAGAAAAAGGAGAGCUGACAUGUGAGCAGUUGAAGCAAACCUUUUUUUCAGAAGCAAACAAAUCUUUUGGUAUAAGAGUAAGCGAAAACCGUAAAUGAUAAGGAAGCGUUACCUGAAGUGUUACUUUGUAGAAUGCAUAAUAGUGACUUGUGUCAAUAGUUGUACUGAAGCACAUAGGUAGCCCUGAAUUAAACCCAUAGGAAGACCUUUGUAGCCAUCUCUUAUCCGCCUUUGGUUUUGCUGCAAAAUUUCUCCCUUGAGCCACCUUUCUUGCCCUUUUUUUUUCUCUCUUUAGGAUUAGGAUCUUUUUAGUUGUAUUCAAUCAAUCUUUCUAUUCAUUUUUUCCCUUUGACCCUGAUAGGGUUGCGAUUUUCUCGGAUGUAGAAAGUAUGUACAUGUUACAUUCCUUGUAAAUAAGUUGUUCUAGGUUCCUCCAUGGAUAGAGGACAUUGUUAGCUCCUUGCAGUGGUAUUUGAAAGCUAACAAAUGGGAUACCAACCUAUGGUGCACCCAUUUGAUGUUCA